AUGAUACCGAAUAGAUUUAUUACUAGACGAUGUUUUUGUCAAUCAGUAGUAUAUAAAAGAUUUAAUCUUGAUGGUAUAACUAAUGAACUAAAUCUUAUUGUGAAAAUACCAAAUGAAGAAAAAGAUUUUUUAAAAUCUAUACUAAAAGAGAAGGGAGUGGUAAAAAAACAAUCUGGAACUAUAAAAGAUAUAAGGAAACUUGUGAAGAAGAAACAAAAAAUUGAUAAAAGUUUAGAGAUAAAACUACUGGGUCUAGAUCUUACCAAAUCAAAUCGAGAAUUAAUUGAAUUUAUAAAAGUGAAAUCUGAAUCAGUGAAUAAACGAAGGUAUUAUGAUUCAGAAGUGAAUAAUUGGAGUAAAGACGUGCCAGAAAAUGAGAUACAAGAGCUACAGGCUCAUCUUAAACACCUUCCAAAUGAGGAAACUUUAAUUAGUGGUGACUCAAUAUCAAAACCUUUGGAUAUCGGUGAUUUAGUAACUUUAAGUUCUGAGAAUCUACGGUUAUUCUUAGUUGUUGGAAUACCUAAAUCAUUCAAAUCAAAUAUAUGUACUUUAUUAAGUGAUAGAGGUGAAAUACUAUUCCUUCCAUUUCAACAAAUUGUACAUAGAUUACCAAAUAUAGUACCUCAAAAAUAUCAUUAUAUACUUGAAAAAUUUAUUCAAUUGGAGGAGAAAUUGUUGAAUAUUCAACCAGCAGGAAUACCUGACUCAACAUUCUCAAAAUCAACUAAUGCAUUACCUAAUGAAUUAAGGGCUAAAGGAUCAACUAUUAAUGAAGCCGGUUUCAAUGAACAAGAAAAUGACUCAGAAUAUGAACCAAACAAUUUUAUUGUUGCACAAGCUGCUUCUCAAUUGCUAACUAAUUCAGAUGUAAAUACUUAUUUAGUACCAAUAUCAGCUAGAAAAUUAUAUGUUGAUGCUUUAACACAAUUAUCAAUAAAAUCGACAACGGCAAUAAGUGAGUUAAAAAUCAAGUUGCAAAAUUUAUACAAGACAUUGCAAUAUGAUGAGAAUGGAAAUUUAAAUGUACCAAGAACCAUUUCCAUCUUUGAGAUUUUAAAAAAGUUGAAAGAGAAGCCUCAACACAAUUUAACAAAUUCUAUAUGUAUAUUACCAGAAAAGCUGAUCAAUUAUGAUGAAGAAAAGUUUAAAAUUUCAGAUACUUUAGCAUUGUUAUAUCUUUUGAAAACUCAAUCUAAACUAUGGACUAUACAAUCAAAUAAAAAUUCAUACACAUCAACAAAAGUAACAAUUUGGCCAUUAGCACAAUCUGAAUAUGAAUCAAAAACAGUAGAUUAUUUAAAAAGUGACUCAUUAGAUUUAAUUGCGGAACAUAUUGCAAAAAAGGCAAUUGGUGUAGACGUUGGGUACAAUGAUCAGUAUUCAAAUGUUAUUGAAUUAUUAAAAUUAUUUGUUAGUGGUAAAUUUGAUAAUGAUGAUGAAAUAUCAACAGCAAUUGUGUUUUUAUUACGUAAAGUUGAUAAAUAUUUGAUUGAAAAUGGUGUUAAAAUAAUUGAUGACGCCUAUAAAAAUGAGUAUUCUCGUGGUAAAGCUUAUGAUUUAUUAUUAAAGCUAAAUUCAGAUGUUGUUUCCGAUCCAAACGAAUGGUUUAACACUUCAUUAAAUUUUGAAUUACAAGAGAGAUUUUACAAGUUGAUUGAUGAAUUAUAUAAAUCUGAUGAAAUUGAAAAAUCAAAGAAUUUAGAGUUUUACCAAAAUGAUCCUUUGCAACAUUUAAGAGUUGACAUGAGAGAGGUUCCAAUCUAUUGUAUUGAUGAUGAGUCAGCACAUGAGAUAGAUGAUGGUAUUUCAAUUGAAGAACAAGAUGACAAAUAUAUUGUUUCAAUUCAUAUUGCAGAACCAAGUGCAUAUAUAAAACCAAAUUCAACCAUAAGUUCAAUUGCUUUUCAAAAAGCAUCUACACAGUAUUUACCAGACCAAGUUUUCCCCAUGUUACCUAAUGUGAUUUCAGAUAUUUCUGGUUUAGGUAGAAAUAAAGAUACAAAAACCUUUGUUACUCAAUACAAGUUAAAUAAAAAGCAAAUUGAUGAAUUCAUAUUAAAUAAAGUUAAGAAUCCUGAAUAUCAAGCUGAGGAAACUUUACUAAAUGAUAUAAAAAAUCAAGUUGAAACAUCAAAAUCUAUAAAGUAUGCAAUAACCAACAAUUUUCGAAAAGGUUUUACCUAUAAUGAAGUCAAUAAAGUAUUGGAUAAUAAUGAUAAUUAUUUGAAUGAUAUUAAUCAAGAUUUUAAUAACUUAAUUAAAUUGCAUAAUAUAUCGGAAUUGUUUUAUCAAACUCGAGGAUCAGUAGAAAAUUUUGCUACAAAUCAAAGUAUCAAAAUUAUAACGUGUUUGGAAACUUUCAAAGAUAAUACAAUAAAAGUAGAUUCAAAUACAAUUUUAAUGGAACUCAAAAAUACAAAUAAAAUGAUUUCAAUUUCAGAUAUAAGUCCUACUAGUAAAUCAACUAGAUUAGUUAGUGAGCAAAUGAUUAUGGCAAAUUAUUUGACUGCAAAAUAUGCAUUUGAAAAUAAUAUCAAAAUUCUUUAUAGAUAUCUUGAUCCAAAAUUAAGUAAAGAAUUACUAGAAGAAUAUCAAAAAUUCAUUAAUGAUUCAAAAAUUGCAACUUUAAAUGUUAAUCAGUACGAAAUAUUCAAAUUUUUUUCACGAGCGGCUGUAACACAUGUCCCACAGAAACAUUUCCCCAUGAAUUUAUCAAUGUAUACAAAUAUUACUUCACCAUUAAGAAGAUUUAUAGAUAUUUUAAAUCAAUGGAAGUUUCAAGAUCAUUUUUUAAAUAGAAAAUUAAUACCAGAUGAUUGUUUACCAGGUAUUGCAAGUCAUAUAAACGGUCAAAAUUCAAUUAUGAAAUUAAUUGAUAGAAAUUCAAAAUUAUUCUGGCAAGGUUAUUUAAUUAGAAAUUACAAGAACGAAAAAGAAUCUUGUAUAGAUUUUAAAAUUAGAUUAAAAUCUACUCCACAAAAUGGUACUUUUGUCGGUGUUAAAGUUGAUAGAUUUCCAUUUAUGUUUGGACAAUCGGAAGUAAAUGACAAAUUAUUAAACGAUAUAAAGUCGGGAGAUGUAAAAGUGGGUGAAUUAAUUAAUAAUCCAGCAAAGAUUACUGUUAAAAAAAUUGAUUACAUUGAAAAUGAGUUAAUUUUUUCUUAUACUUAAUCUGGACUGAUGGUUUGUAUAUAGAUUAUUAUUUUUAAAAAAAACUGCAGCGCUUCUUAAAUAUAGAUUAUUUUGAAACAAUCCUGCAUAAUCGUAUCGCACGAUACUCCAAAAGGGGAAAAUCUUACUGAAUAAAAAUAACCAUAUAUCAUAAAAUUGUAGGCCGAGACUUUGGAAAAUUUUUCUAUACGUAAAAGAUAAGAUAGACGGAAUGCAGCUUCCAUUAAAUUUAAAAUCGUAUUGUUGGUAGGUUAUGUAUAUAAAUUGACUAUAAAAUGAUCAUAAAUUGAACUUAUAAUCAUCACUAGACAAUAAAUAGUAUUGGUUGCAUUUAAAGAUCAUUUAGAAACAGAUCCAAGAACUAUGACAACUGAAAAAAAAUCGAUAGAAAAAACAGAACUGCAAAGUACUGAACCAGAAGCAUUAUUAAAGGAUAAUAAAGUACAUGUUGAUGUAAAAGAUACCCAUGAUUUGAAUGCUGUUGGUUUUGAAUACUACGAACAUGCACAAGAUAUUUCAUCUGAGGAUGAAGAGUUAAUGAAAAAGAAAAUUUUGAGAAAGCUUGAUUACAGAAUUGUUCCGUUAAUCAGUAUCACUUAUAUGUUACAAUUUUUGGAUAAGUUAUCAUUGAAUUAUGCAGCUGCUUAUACUUUUAGAGAAGAUCUUGGUUUGUCUGGUCAACGUUAUUCAUUAGUUGCUUCAAUUUUUAAUGUUGGUUACUUGUUUUGGGCAGUUCCUGGGAAUAUGAUUAUUCAAAAAGUUCCAGUUGCAAAGUAUGUAGCAUUUAUGGUAUUUUGUUGGUCUAUUAUUUUAUUUGGUCAUGUUGGUUUAACAAAUUAUGCAGGUGCUAUGGUUAUUAGAUUUAUCUUGGGUUGUUUUGAAGCUGGUAUUAGUCCAAGUUGUAUGGCUUUGAACCAAGCAGUAUGUGAAUUAUGAAAAAUUUUGAACAUUUCAAAAUUUAACAUUGCAAACACGUUCAUUUACUAACCAACGGUUUUAGUUUUUCCCAAUUAAACAACAGAGUCUCAGAAUGUGUAUUUUCCUUGCUUUCAAUGGUAUAGCUACAAUACUUGGUGCUGUAUUAGCUUAUGGUUGUAUGUUUUACAUUUUUUUUCAAUUUUUUUUUAUUUUUAAGAUAAUACUAACAAUUUUAAGUGGGUAAUGCUCCAACACAAUCUAUCCAGACAUGGAAGUUAAUCUUUUUGACUAUUGGGGGAAUAAAUUGUGUAUGGUCAAUUGUAUUUUUCUUUUUCUGUCCAAGUUCACCAGUUGAAGCAAAAUUUUUGACAGAAGAAGAAAAAGCUGUAUGGGUUAAAGAAGUUGCUAAAAAUAAUAUGGGAUUGAAAGAUUCAAAGUAUAAGAAGUAUCAAAUUGUUGAAGCUGCUACAGAUUCAUUUGUUUGGAUGUUGGGAAUUGUUGGAUUAUGUUGUGGUAUUGUUAAUGGUGGUGUUUCAAACUUUGCAUCAUCCUUAAUUACAGGUUUUGGCUUCAGUAUGUAUAUUUCAUUGUUUAAUUAUUCGCUGGGAUAAAAUGACUGGCUAAUAUUAUUUAUCCAUUUGGUAGCAUAAUUAUUUUUGAUAAAUUUUUUUUGUAUGACAAGAUUUUUUGCAACAAAAAUAAUUUCAUCAAGAGUAUCCAAAGUGUCCAAAAUAACUAAAGAACCAAAACUAACCCAAUAUAGCUGGUAUUCAAGCUAGUGCAUUACAAAUGCCUACCGGUGCCGUCGAGUUAUUUGGUGUGAUUGCUGGUGGUAUCAUUGCUUUCAAAUUUAAAAACACUAGACUUUAUGUCAUGUUUGUAUUUUGUAUUCCACCAUUAGCAGGAUUAAUUUCCAUUCAUGUAUUACCAUUAGAAAGACGUUGGGAAUUGGUUGUUGCUACAUUCUUCCAAUAUAUGAUCGGUGGUCCUAUUAUUAUGUGUUGGGUUUUGUCAAAUGCUAAUAUUUCAGGAAGUACCAAAAAGACAAUUGCAAAUGGUUUCUGGUUUUGCUGUUAUGCAGGUGGUAACAUUAUUGGUCCAAACUUGUAUAAAGCAGAUGAAGCACCAAAAUAUAGAACCGGUAUGCUUGGUUGUAUUGCAAGUUAUGCUGUUAUGAUGUUUCUCAUCAUUUGCAUGAGAGUAUUACUUCAAUGGAGAAAUAAACAAAAGGAUAAAUUAUAUGGUGAAGUUGAUGAUGAAAAAGCUGAAAAGGCAUUGAUUGAAGGUUUCCAAGGUAAAACAGAUUUUGAAAAUGAAGGUUUUAGAUAUUCCUUAUAA